AUGGUUGUUCUCGACUUUGGCCAGUCGACAAACCUCUCCAUUUCUGGAAGAGAGGAGGAAGGAAGGAAGUCUGAUCCUUUAUUUGCAGGUACAACCACAUCUGGGAAGCAGAACUGGGAUUCUCCACCUACGCCCAGCAGCUCCCGGCUGCGCAGACGCAGGUUUCCCCUGGUGCCCUCCAGGCGAGGGAUCCCGCUGAUCUCGCCUCCAGCUCCCGUGCUCGCUGGCCCGAUCACACGCGAAGAGUAUCACCGGGAGGAGAAAGCUCGGUUGGAGAAGUGGCUGAAGAGGAUUUUCCAGGAUGAGGCUGAAACUGCCUCGAACUCGGAGAGUGGGGACCCACCUGCCCCUCCACCUUCUCCUCCGAGUGUCACCGUGCCUGCUGCUGAGACUGCUGCUCCCGCAGCCUCCCUCCCAGCCGCAGCGACUCACGGGCUGCUGAGGCACUUGGAGCAGUUGGCAGACUUCCUGUGCCUACCAUCUUUCCCAGGGUGCGGUCCCUUCCCCUCUGGGUGCAAGAAAGAAGUGACCUCACUGGCAGUCAUGCGCCGCCGAGGUUUGCAGAUAGGCAGCAGAGCUCAGAGAGGAGCCGUUUCUGGCAGGACUUUUCCCAAACCACAGGAAAGCCAGGAUCAAGAUGCCUGGGAGCCCGACAGAAAACGCAGGCAUACAGCAUAGAUAACCACGUCAGCAGGAAGUAGCCUACGCCCCUUGCCCCCACCCCGGACCCCUCACCCAGAGGCAGCAUGUUCCUGCAGGAGCACCCACAGGAGCCAUCUCAUUCACUCCCCACCACAACCCCGUGCAAUGCCCCUGUUUUUCCCAAGGAAGGGAAGCUCCAAGAGGCAGAGGGAUGUCACCACGACGGAGAGGCACGUCCACCUGUCUCCAGCACCUGCCCCACUGUGCAAAGACCACCCAUCCGGGAGGCUGAAAGCUGGGAGCCAGUUCUAGGACCCCACUGCUUGGCUGCCCGACUUGAGUACGUCCUACACGCAGGCCAAAUCCACCCUGAGAGCGACUGCUCCCAGACCCUUCCUGUCCACCGAGCCCCUCUCCUCCUGGUGCCCACCUCCUAAAAGGGGAAAGAGGGCGUGCGAGCGGGAGGACCUGGGGUGUUGUGGUUUAAAAUCACAGCUCUGGAGUCCCCGCUGCGUGGAUGAGAGCCCGGGCUCUGCUGCUUCCUGGCCACAGACCUCGGGGCCACCCCCUCUGCUGGUGCAGCUUCAGUGUAGUGGAGGUACAAUGGGAAUAAUGUGCACUACU